GACCAGCAUCUCUUUGUUUAUUUUAUUCAUGAUCUCAAAAAGAUCCGCUAUUCUGUUACGAACUCGAUCUUCCUUUUCAAAAGCGUGGAUAAGGCAGCUACACAAUGAUAAGAUCAAAAUAAACCCUGCUCACGUACAGCUGCUUUCACCAAGUCUACAAGCGCAGUUAUUUUCACCCUACCCUACUGAAGAUCAACCAAAAAAGACAAGGCAAGAAAUAAAGGAAAACUACGCGAAGGAGCAUUUGACAAUGCAGGAAAUUUGGGGCAAAAAAAACGAAAUUAACCCUCCAAUUGAUAUCCAAUUACCCAAACUUAUAGGUGUGAAUAUCGAAGAACAUUUUAUGCGACUUGGUCUCGAACAAUCAUCACCCUAUUUAGAACAGUGUCAGUACCUUGCGAAUAUGGAGUUACCUCCUAUGCCUACACAAUGGCGAAAAGCAUCAGGCUGGACUCAAUAUCAUGAAGGGAAAGCAACACCUGUAGAUUUUCCACUUGAGCAAACCUUUGUAUUUGAUGUUGAAGUACUCAUGUCUGAGGGAAAAUACCCUACAAUGGCUGUAGUGGCUUCAGACAAAGCUUGGUAUUCUUGGGCAUCACCUUAUUUACUAGGAGAAACAGAGAAUAAAGAACAACUGAUACCCUUUGGUAACACAAAUCAACCUCGACUUGUGGUUGGGCAUAAUGUGGGCUAUGAUCGAGCACGGAUCGCAGAGGAGUACAGUACGGAGCCCUCUCAUAUGCGCUUUGUGGAUACUAUGAGUUUGCAUAUUGCAGUAGCUGGCUUAUGUUCACAACAACGGCCUGCUUGGAAUAUAGAAGUAAAACGAAGAAAUCAAGACAGCGAGGAAUCUACCAAUGCACCAGAAAUAGAUCAUCAAACCAAAUUCUUUGAUGUCAGCUCGUUAAACAGCCUGAAAGAUGUGGCCAAAUUUUAUUGUGGUGUGAAUGUAGACAAAUCAAAACGGUCCUGCUUUGAAGUAGGCAGUUUGGAAGAUGUUAGAGCAGAAUUCGAUACACUGAUGACUUAUUGCGCUCAUGAUGUAGCACUCACACAUAACAUUUAUAAAGCAGUCUUUCCUCGGUUUAGAAAGAACUGCCCUCACCCUGUAUCAUUUGCUGGCAUGCUUCAUAUGGGAAACUCGUUCUUGACAGUAACAGAGAAAUGGCAGGAUUAUUUGGAGAAAUCAGCUGGGAAACAUCAAGAACUCAAUGACUUGGUGGAUGUCAAGUUACGAGAUUUAGCUGAAAAGGCACACGCUUUAGUCGAUGCACCCGAGACGUGGCAAAAAGACCCUUGGUUGAGUCAGCUAGAUUGGUUUGUGAAUCCUCGACAGAGAAAACUCAAAGGUUCUCCUAAAUGGUAUAAAGAUGCAUACGAUACUAAAUCAGAUAAGCUCAAAAUAUCGAUUCGGUCUCGUAUUGCUCCUCUUUUGCUUCGACUCAAAUGGCAAGGCUAUCCUUUACAUCACCUCGCCAACAAUGGAUGGUGCUAUAAAAUUCCAUCUGACGAAGCCAACCCAGAGCAAAUGCAGAAAUCUGUCUUGAUCGAUGAUACGUAUUGUUACCUAAAAGUGCCUCAUAAAGAUGGAGAGUCAGCCAAUUGCGGCAACCCACUUGCAAAGAACUACAUUGGGUCUUUUGAAGACAAAAUCUUGACAUCAGAAUACGAAGCUGCUCGAGAAGCACUUGAGCUGAAUGCAAAGAGUGCGUAUUGGAUUAGUUCCCGAGAGAGAAUUCUGAAUCAGUUUGUUAUUUGGGAUGAUAACAUCACAGCCAAUAUGCACUUGCCAAAGAAACAGGAAGGGAAGUAUGGUAUGAUCCUACCUCAGAUGGUGACGAUGGGUACAGUCACUCGGCGUGCGGUUGAAAAGACAUGGUUGACAGCAAGCAAUGCUAAACUGAACCGCAUUGGAUCUGAACUCAAGUCGAUGGUGCAAGCGCCUGAGGGAUACAAGAUUAUAGGGGCUGAUGUGGAUUCUGAAGAAUUGUGGAUUUCGAGCGUGAUUGGUGAUGCUCAGUUUGGUUUUCAUGGUGCAACUGCUCUAGGUUGGAUGACUCUGCAAGGCACGAAAUCAGAAGGUACAGAUCUUCAUUCAAAAACGGCAAGUAUUUUGGGCAUCAGUCGAGAUAAAGCCAAGAUCUUUAAUUAUGCAAGAAUCUAUGGUGCAGGUGUGAAAUAUGCUACCAGUCUACUAUUACAAUACAGUCAAGGCAUGGAUCUAGAGACAGCCAAAAUAAGAGCCCUACAAUUGUAUUCAAACACCAAAGGUGAAAAAGAACAUUCGGUCAACAACCCUUUCAAGCGAACAUUUUGGCAUGGUGGAACAGAGAGCUACAUGUUCAACGCACUAGAAGACAUUGCGCUCUCUAAGGAACCUCGAACACCUGUACUAGGCUGCGCUAUUACAGACGCUCUCAAGCCUAAAUACACAGGCACUCAAUUCUUGACAUCGAGAGUGAAUUGGGUAGUCCAGAGUUCAGGUGUAGAUUACCUUCAUUUGCUUAUUGUUUCGAUGGCACAUUUGAUUGAUAGAUACAACAUCAACGCAAGAUUUAUGCUUUCUGUGCAUGAUGAAGUGAGGUAUUUGGCUUCAGAGAAAGAUCAACAUCGAACAGCAUUAGCUCUUCAGGUUGCAAAUAUUUGGACAAGAGCAUUGUUUAGUUAUAAGCUAGGCAUAUAUGAUUUGCCACAGAGCGUGGCAUUUUUCUCUGCUGUGGACAUUGACCAUGUUCUUCGUAAAGAACCUAACAUGACUUGUCUGACUCCUUCACAUGAAGAAAAGAUUUCAGAAGGAAUCAGUUGCAGCAUAUCUGAUACAAUUCAUGCUCUUGAAUCAGAAUCAAAAGCCAAAGAAUGUUUAUUAGGUGAUUCUGUGGGCACUUUUGCUACACAAAUUCAGCAAAACACAAUUCUAGAGUUGAUCAAGAAGAUCAAGACGCCAAAAAAAGAAUGCGACCUACCUUUCCUCAAGGCACAAAUGUACAAAAAUUAUAGACCUCACAUCAAUCCUUCCUUGAGUGGAAAUAGAGAAACAGAAAGAGUGAUCAAAUGUAAAGAUAUACUACAAGAAGCUUAUGCAUAAUAAACCAUUUUAUU